AAGUCCCAAACACGCAGAGACAACCGCUGAGGUCAUCCGUCACAGGACAGACUCCAUCCAUCAACAUCAUUGGGGCACAUGGAAAGGCAGCUCUUAUCAUAGAGUUGCAGCCAGACGACAUUACCGACCUGCAGGAUAGACCGCCGAUCCAUAAACCCUUUAUUGUACUCCGUACACGAGUUCCGUUGUCGCGCUUUGAUCAUUCGCGAGUUGACUCAUUCUAUUUGGGAUACGGAUCUCCAUCCUAAGAUGUCACCUUGUUCAUCGUGAAUCUGAACCCUGCACCGGCCUUGCUCGGCUGGCUCGGUCAUUAGACCUCCCUCCUCCUCCGCUUCUGCCCCGCAGUCAUCACCAUCGCCCCUCGUCCCGAAACCAUCCAAAUGUCCUCGACAUCGCCCCAUCCUGCCACCGCGCCCACCGGCGACGGCAACGGCGUGGGGGAAUCGACCCCUCUCCUCCUCCAGCGGCCGGAGCCUCUCCAGUCCGACAGCACGUCAACCCUCGGACCAGCAAGCCGCAGCCGCAGCAACAGCCCGUCUUCGUCCUCUCCAUCCCCCUACCCGUCCUCGCGCUCGCGCUCGUCCUCGACCCGCUCCCAGACCCCGUCGCCCGCCCCAACGCCACGCUCCUCCACCGCCGCCGCCUCCAAACAAACAACCCUGACCAUCUCCCUGCUCACCGCCCUCCUCUCGGCCCUCUGCGCGGGCUCCAUCACAAUCUUCUCCCUCUACGCCGCAACCUUCCAGUCCCGCCUGCGCUACACCCAGUACCAGGUGACGGGGCUCGCCUCGGCCGCCUCGGCCGCAAUGUACCUGCCCGUGCCCCUGCUGGGGUACGCGUGCGACCGCUCUGGCCCCGCGCCGCUGAGCCUCGUGGCCGCUUUCGCGUUUGGCACGGGUUAUGCUGCGGCGGCGUUUGGGUAUGCGCAUGCGUACAGGGAGGUUGUGGAGGGAGGAGGAGGAGGAUCAGGCAAGAGGUGGUAUGCCGUCCUGGUGCUGGCGUUUGUGGCGAUUGGUGUCGCGACAUGCGCCAUGUACAUGGCUGCCGUGGCUACGUGCGCGAAAAACUUUGGCCGGGGCAGGUUCCGCGGCUUGGCCGUUGCGGGGCCUAUUGCGGCCUUUGGCUUGAGCGGGAUGUGGCUUAGCCAGGUGGGCAGUAGGUGGUUCAAGGAAAGGGAUAAUGCUGGGGAUGUAGACGUGGUCAAGUUUUUUGUGUUCUUGGCCGGAUUGCUGGUGGUGGUGGGGUUGAUUGGGGCGGCUGGGCUGAGGAUCGUGGACGAGAGGGAUUUGAUUGAGGAGGCGGUGGAGGAGCUGGAGCGGAGCGGGAUACUGGACGGGAGUGCGAUUUUCACGCCUGGAAGGAGUGAGAAUGGGUAUGGGACGGUGGCGGAGAGGGAGGAUCCGUUUGAGGAGUUGCAGGAUGGCGAUGAUGCCCCGGUCUUGAAGGACCCCGCCGAGGAAGAGGCACGGCUGAAGAAGCAGUGGGUGUUGAACGCGGAGACGAAGCGGUUUCUCACGGAUCACACCAUGUGGUGCUUUGCGCUGGGCUUCUUCUUCAUGAUUGGGCCCGGCGAGGCCUUUAUCAACAACAUGGGCACCGUCAUCAAGACGCUGUAUCCGCCGACACUACACUACGUCGGUGAGCCGACCUCAGCAGCCACUCACGUCUCGAUCGUCGGCCUCACCAGCACCGCUGUGCGUUUGCUUACGGGCACGCUGACGGACCUGCUCGCACCGAGCCCGCAGACGCGGCAUCUACAGGUAGCACCGGCAGGGCGGAUCCCGGGUAUUAGGCGCUUCUCUGUGUCGCGGGUUGUCUUCCUCCUCUUUUUUGCCGUGGUGCUCUCCCUUGGCCUCGUUGGCCUGGCGUCGGGAUUGAUGCAAGGCCAUGGGGAACGGUUCUGGAUUGUGUCGGGCUUGGUGGGAGCUGGAUACGGCGCCGUGUUCAGUCUCACGCCCAUCAUCACCACCGUCAUCUGGGGAGUAGAGAACUUUGCGACCAACUGGGGCAUUGUGGCCAUGUUCCCCGCGCUCGGAGCCACCCUUUGGGGGCUGGUAUACUCGGCUGUGUACCAGGCUGGGGCGGCGAAGUCGGUUCCGCCUGGUGAAGGCGACGGGCAGGAUAAUCUCUGUUAUGGGACCGCGUGCUAUGCGCCUGCCUUCUGGGCCAUGGCGGCGAGCGUGUGGAUUGCCUGUGGGCUGGUUUUGUGGGCAUGGAAGGGAAGGGGAGGGUGGUCACAGCGGGGCAUUGUUGUGUAGUGGGUUUCUUGUAUCAAUGUCUUGGAGUAUUGCAUGGUCUGGCGUUUUGGGCAGCUUUGCGACAUAUAGAUUGGCAUUGUUGCUUCGUGUUGGCGCUCAGGGAGUCAGGGGCUGUUCAACAGACAGUGUGGACGAAGCAUGGUAUUGUACUGUACGUUACAGCACAACCUUGAGUGAAAUUCAUCAACACCCAAAACUUUUGAGGAGCGGAA